CGCACACGUGGCCGCAGGGCAAGGGCUCGGUAAAAGGUAGCAUAGGCCGGAUAAGUAGAACUCCGACCUGGACGCUGGGUGGACGAUUGAUUGCUUCUGCCUGAUGACGUACUUUGACUGCGUCCGUGAUGUUUCUCUGGCGCCGCGGUUGGUAAGCCAUGGCGCCGGUAAGGCCGCCAGCAAGGGGGAGGAUAGGGAGUUUUGGGACAGGUGGCGAAGGAGUUUCACUGCUCGGAUUCGGAAAUAAGAAUGUGAAACGAAGGACGUGGCGACCUAAUCAUCCGCAAGCCUUCGCGGGGAGCGUUCGCGAGGGACAAGGCUUUGCAUUUCGAAGAAAACUAAAAAUUCAGCAAAAUUACAAGAAAUUGAUAUGGAGGGAAAAGAAGGCUCAAACCUCACGGGAAUCCCAGUUCACAGAUCGGUACCCUGAUCAUCUGAAACAUCUCUAUUUAGCUGAAGAGGAAAGACUCAGGAAGCAGCUUAGAAAAGCUGACCAGUCCUUGGUAGAACAAAUUGACCAGCCUCUGUCAGAAGAAGUUGAUCAGCCUUUGCCAGAAGAGCAGUGUAGCACUGACCAGGCUUUGUCUGAAGAAUAUUGUAGCAUUGAGCAGCCUCAGCCAGAAGAACAAUGUAGCAUAAAAAUAAACUCCAUCACUAUUCCAAAGAAAAAUAAAAAGAAAACGUCAAAUCAGAAAGCACAGGAAGAAUAUGAGCAGAUACAAGCUAAGCGUGCUGCUAAGAAACAAGAAUUUGAGAGGAGAAAACAAGAGAAAGAAGAAGCUCAGAGGCUCUACAAAAAGAAGAAAAUGGAAGUGUUCAAAAUAUUGAGCAAAAAGACUAAAAAGGGCCAACCAAACUUGAAUUUACAAAUGGAGUAUCUUCUAAAAAAAAUACAAGAAAAAAAUUGAGACGUCACCUGAUUAAUCAAGGGUUAAAAUAUCUGCGUGACUGUUGAAUUCUUUUGUAUAUCUACUGUCCCUCUUAACAAUUAACUAUAUGUCAACAGAAACUGGAUUGCUAAGCAGUACCAAAUAUAAAAUGUCCAAAUAUUUUUGUUUUUGUAAAAGAAAAUUUUCUGUAUAUGCUCUACAUUAUAUGUGAUUUGUUUCUUAUUUAUUUGCCGCUGAAGGAAGGUUGGCCUUAAGAAUUGAAAGAGGGAGCUUCCCUGGCGGUCCAGUGGUUAAGACUCCAUGCUCCCAGUGCAGGGGGAAUGGGUACUAUCCCACUGGGUUCAGUCCCUGAUCGGGGAACUAAUAAGAUCCUGCAUGCUGCUUGGCGCAGCUGGGAAAAAAAAAAACAAAAACUGAAAGAACCUGCUAUAUGAGCAACAGAUUCAAGCAUGUAAUACUUUUAUACCAUAUGAAAUUCAGAUGAAAUAAAGUGUUGAGAAUAA